AAUCUCGAACGACGAGGAGAAAGUAAAAAUGUCGUCGAGUUGGCCACCUUCUUUACGAAACUUUGUAGAGAACGUCUUAUCUCAAACUAACGAGAGUAACAAAGUGAAAGUCAAUCUAGAGCUUAAAGAUAUGAUACAGCGAGCCUACGUUGAGGGUAGAUUAUGGACUACGAAUUGGAUGGUACAGCGGAUACCGUCUCUCCAUGGUACAAGUAUACCGCCUCCAAGUUCGUCAUACGCGAAUGUAACCGGCCAAGGUAUGCAGACAUCACAGCAGACAUCGACAGGCAAACGCAAGAAAAACAACCAAACGAACAAGAAGAACUUAGCAAAGAAAAACAAAGGAUUUGCUGUCGACGAUAACGAAGACAUGCGUUCAAAGAGAGCUAAACGUUUUGAGAGCAAUCCGGGCCUAUCUUCAUCCGCUUACCCUAACCCAGCUGGUAUUAGUGUCCCCUUGAAAACGAACAAGUGGAUAAACAAAGGUAAUAUCAACCAGCCUGACCCAAAUGUCAUAGACUGGGACCAAUACACAAUAGUCGGCCAUUCAAACGCUUUAGAGAAGCAAUAUUUGAGACUAACCUCAGCACCUGAUCCAGCAACUAUACGACCAUUGCCUGUUUUGAAGAAAACGCUUGAUCACCUCAAAAAGAAAUGGAGGCAAGAUAGAGACUAUAACUAUAUUUGCGAUCAAAUGAAAUCCCUUAGACAAGAUUUAACAGUUCAGCGUAUCAAAAAUGAUUUCACCGUUCAAGUUUAUGAGAUACACGCUAGAUUAGCACUAGAGAAUGGUGAUUUAGGUGAAUUUAACCAAUGUGCUGCUAAUUUACAGCCUUUAUAUCGACUAAAUUUGAACGGAAACGAAUUAGAAUUUUUGAGCUAUCAAAUACUAUACCUUUGUUAUAGCAGAAAUUGGUCUGCUGCUAACAUAUUGGUUGGUUUACUAUCUGAUGAGAAGAAAGAAGCUGAAGAAAUUAAACAUGCUUUAAAGGUACGUUCAUCACUUGUUACUAACAACUAUCAUAUGUUUUUUAAAUUAUAUCAAGAUUCACCGAAUAUGUCUGGAUAUAUCAUAGACGCUUUCGUUGAAAGAGAGAGACUUAAAGCUUUGAUUAUGAUCACUAAAGCUUAUGUUAAGAUACCACUAUCGUUCAUCACUAGAGAGCUAAAACUUGAAAAUGAAACGGCGACCAAGGAAUUACUUAAACAAUUUGGUGCUACUGGAUGUUAUGAUAAAAAUGCCGUUGGCAGAACUCAUAAUGGCGUACCACCAGAUAAUGAAAAAGUUGUCCUUUGCAAGGAGAUACAUACUACCCUGUUGAGUCAAGUGAGUAGGUAUGUUAAAGUUGACAUCAAAGGUCAAGUGUAGUGAUUACAUCAACUUUUUGCUUGAAUAUUACCAAAUGUUUGAAAUUCUCUCUCUUAUUUUUUCUUUAUCCUUGUAUGAGUAAAGUGAAAAGGUAUGCAUUUUUCUU